GAAUGUAGCCGGGGUCGUGGCCAGACCUCAUCGUACCAAUCACACGCCGGGGGUGGUCCGCUGCUGCGAGCUGUGUGUACUGGGGCAUGUGCUGUCCCGGCCGGGGAUUGGGAGGAACGGCGACUUGUGCAGAGUGCGGGACACGCCCGGUGUGACUGAGGGUGACCGGCGGCGGCGGGUAGAGUAUUGAAAAUGCUGGCAGUAAACUUCAGGCCAAUUAUUGUGGUUUGCUACCUCUGUUCCAUGGUAGUGGUCCACGCAAUAACACACUAUGUGGCUGCGGUAUAUGAGCACCAUGUUAUAUUGAACCAGAACUCUUCAGCUCUGACAUCCCGAAAACUUGCCUUGGAAUUUAUGUCCAAAAACCUAAAUAUAUAUGAACAGCAGGUUUCUGCUGCCGCUGAAAAGGGUGUCCAAAUCAUUGUCUUUCCAGAAGAUGGUAUCCAUGGUUUUAACUACAGCAGAUUGUCCAUCUACCCAUACUUGGAUUUUCUUCCCCCUCCGCAUUUGCUCUCAUGGAAUCCAUGUCUAGAGCCGGAAAACUUUCAAGAUACAGAGGUUCUCCAGAGACUUAGCUGCAUGGCAGCAACUGGUGAUAUGUUUGUAGUUGCUAACCUUGGAACUAAGGUGCCCUGCCAGGCAAUGGACCCUCAUUGCCCUCAAGAUGGGAGAUACCAGUUUAACACAAAUGUUGUGUUUAGUGACAAUGGCACACUGGUGGCCAGCUACUUCAAACAAAACUUGUACUUUGAAAUUGGUUUUGACACCCCUCCGGAUGUCCAGCAUGUGGUCUUUGAUACCCCCUUUGCUAGGUUUGGUCUCUUUACUUGCUUUGACAUCUUGUUCUAUGAACCAGUUGUGAGUCUCAUUGAAAAGCUCCAGGUGCAGCACCUCCUGUACCCAAUAGCCUGGAUGAACCAGUUGCCACUUCUGUCUUCAAUUCAGAUUCAGAGAGCCUUUGCUACAAGGUUUAACAUUAACAUCCUGGCAGCAAACAUCCACCACGCAACACUGGGUAUGACUGGAAGUGGCAUUUUCAGUCCUUUGAGGUCUUCCUACAACUAUGAGAUGGCUGGGGAGAGAGGUCAUCUUAUAGUAGCUAGGGUUCCAGUAAACCCAUCAGAAGAGCUGUCCCUUGAUGGCCACAAUGACCUUGAUGGCCACAAUGAACCGGAUUCAUUCGUGAACACUUGGACAAAUGAAGGUAGUCACAAAUUUACUAGUGCACAGGUCUGUGAGAAAAUCAACAAUCUAGAAGAUUUCAGGAAUUCAACAGAACAAACGAACGUAAAUGUGUUUUAUGCAGAAAUGAUGUAUGAUAAUUUCACUUUCACCCCUCUUGAUGGGAACAAGGGGAAAGUACACAUCUGUGCAGGCACACUCUGCUGUUACCUUACGUACAUAAAACUCAGUCUGUCCAAUGAACUGUAUGCCCUGGGGGCAUUUGAUGGUCUUCACACCGUGCAUGGCACAUACUCCCUACAGAUCUGUGCCCUGGUGAAAUGUGUGGGACUGGAUGUGAAAACCUGUGGUCAGGAAGUGACUGACGCAAGCAGCAUUGUAACCUUCCAGCUCUGGGGAAACUUCAGCACCAAAUACAUUUUUCCUAUGUUGGUAACAUCAGGAGUUACUUUACAGUUACCAGACCACUGGGGCUGGAAAGACAACUAUUGCUAUAUGAAUAAAACAAAAAUGGGGUUGGGGCUAGUGACGGCGGCAUUGUAUGGGAGAUACUAUGAGCGAGACUAGAGUUUAAACGGAAUGUUAACUAGACUUUCUCAGUAGUUCACUAGAAGUGGAAUAGGGAGGCCAUUCAGUCUCUGGAUUUAUAUAUAUAUAUAUAUAUAUAUAUGUGUAUAUAUAUAUAUAUAUAUAUAUAUAUAUAUAGUUCAAAAAAAGAGCCAGCACACAAUUUUUAUUAAAUAGUCCAAAAGGUCAGUUUACUUAAUCAUAUUAGAAAAGAGUCAAAGUCACAAAGUGCAAGGCAUUUCCAGUUUUCACAGUCCAUAAAGUGCAAAUGCAAGUAAAGAUAAUACUUAGCAGCCAAGAUGGUCUAAUUGAAUGCCAGUUGCUAGGGGUAACAACUUGCUGGAAAAAUGCCAAAUCUGCGGUCCGACAGCCUGUUCAGGCGUGCGCCUCACGCCUUCAUCAUUGACAGAAUUGCAGAUAGGGCUGACCGGUGCUCAAUAAAUACCUUGGCUAAUCAUUUAAUAAUAAUGUAAUGCAGCUCACCUGUACACACCAAACUUUGCUACAAUGCUUUCCAUUAUCCAGAGAAACAGGAAGUAGGAACUGACAUCUUAUCCCCCAUAGACUGCAACACAUUGAAGGAACUGAGGGCGGAAGUAGAGGUGCUGGCACAAGUGCCAGUACCGGAAAUGAUGCUGCCGGUAACUUAGCAACCAAUUAGCGCUAUACAGAUUGACAAAAACUGUCACAAUCUGCAGAAAAAGGAUUACAAAAAUUCUAAAAAACAAAAACAAAACAGUAUUAAGUUGAGUACCGAUCAGCCUGUGAAAAACAUACACAUAAACAAUCAAUACAAUGCAAAGCAGCAGCAAAGAUAUAAAGGAGACAGUGUAUGUGAGAACAUCAAAAAAACACUGUAAACAAUAGCAUAUGCAUUUAAAGGGAUAGUGCAAGAGAAAAAACAGUAAACAUUUCAUCCUAUAUAUGCAGCAUAAUCACAGGAAGCAUGUGAAUGAGAAAGCUUCAUUCAGUCCUAAUGGUGAUACAGUUUUUUAAUUUGUCGAUCCAGUAACAUUCCUUCUGCAGAAGCAGCUUAUUCCUGUCACCACCUCGCCUAAGGGGUGGCACACAGUCAAUAGGCAUACAGCAGAAAUCCUGUAUGGAGUGUCCGACCGACACAAAAUGUUUAGCCACUGGUGGUGUGUCCGCAUCAACUGUAUGUUGUGCCUUUUUUAUUGAUGACCAGUGCUUUCCGAUUCUUUCCUUCAGGCAACGUAUGGUUUUACCUAUAUAAAGAUAAUUACAGGUACAUUUAAUCAAGUACACGACAUAAUGACUGUCAAAGUACAAAUUAUGUUUGAUUUUAUAUCUGAUGCCACUAAACUUUCACCCACUAACAUGUAUUGGCAAUUGACACAUCCAUGGCAGCGGUAUGCACCCUCUUUAGGUUUCAGCCAAGUUUUAGGCCUAAUCGGACCAAUGUCGGUCUUUGAAAGAGUGUCCUUUAAAUUACCACUUCUCUUAUAACAGAAGAUUGGACUCCUACGACAUAUAGGGCCCAUAGUACUGUCCGCUUGUAGUAUAUGCCAGUGUUGUAACAUGACCUUUUUAAUAUGGUGUGAGGCUAUUGAAAAUGUUGAGGUAAAAACCUUUACAUCCUUUAUCCUCCUUCAUCUUGUCACAAAGAAUCUCUGCACAGUCAAUUUCCAAGCAUUUUUGUAUUGCUCCAUCAAUUUUAGCUUUUUCAUAGCCCCUAUCUCCAAAUCUUUUGCCCAUAAUUGUAAGUGCCUCAGGCAACUCAUCCUUGUUCGAAGUUAUGCGUACUACACGUAACAAUUGAGAGUAAGGCAAGCCACGCUUCAGUGGCAUCGGAUGGAAACUCAGCAGACAAAAUUUUAUUUUUAUCAGUGGCUUUUCUAAACAUACUGGUAGAAAUUAACCCUGCUUCCACAGGGAGACACACAUCCAAAUAAUUUAUCGCGGUGAGACUAAAAGACAUUGCAAACCUGAUGCUGGAGUCCAAGAAAUUAAGUUCAUCAAUGAAUUAAGUCAGGAGAUCAACAGGGCAAGUCCACAUUACAAAAAGGUCAUCUAUGUAUCUUACAAAAAAAAUGUAUAUGUUCUGAAUAUUUCCAAUUACCAAAAUAUAUCUGAUUUUCAUACAUGUGCAUAUACAAAUUGGCAUACGCCGGGGCCAUAUGUUCGAGCCCAUAGCGGUACCCUUUAGCUGCAAAUAAAAAGAAUUUUCAAAAAGAAAACAAUUUUUUCGUAAAAUAACAUCCGUGAGCAGUAACAAAAAUUCAACAUUAGGACCCUCAUAGUGUGGACUGGCCAUGACCAAACUCCUGACUGCCCGUAUUCCAUCCUGGUGACCAAUAUUAGUAUACAAGCUUGUCACAAACUUGACAAGCACACUACCCAAGGGUUACUUACCAAGAUUAUUACACUUGUUCAAAAAGUCGGUGGUAUCCUUAAGAUAGUAAGGUGUGUUCUAAACCACUGGCUGAAGCCAAAAGUCCACAAAUUGGGAGAGGGGUUGGCAGAGGGACCUACAAGACGAAAAUAUGGGCCUCCCCGGCGGCCUCACCAAAGUUUUGUGGACUUUGGUCAAUAUGUAAAUAAGUGGCGUUCUAGGGUGCGUCUGAGUGAGGGACCGUGCCUUGGUGUCAUCUAUCCAACCAUUGGCUACACCAAGCCCAAUGACAUUAUUAAUGUCCUUUUUGUAAAUGUAAGUGGGGUCAUAGGUAAGAACCUUAUAACAUCCAGUGUCACAUAAUUGUCUUUUAACUUCAUCAAUGUAAUCACUGCGAUUUAAGAUAACUAUACUGCCCCCUUUAUCAGAGGGCCUUAUAAUUAUCUUUGUUUUCACUUAGGUAUUUCACAGCGUCACUCUCCUUUCGAGUCAUAUUAUGGUAUGAGAUCCUUUGUUCAUCAAUAUAAAUCAGAGUAUCAUGCUUUACUAAAUUGAUAAAGGUUUCUAUUGAGGCAUUUUUACCUGGUGGAUCAAAUGUACCUUUAGGCUUAAACAUUUUGCCACUCAUUUGGCCUGUACCUUGUUUAGCGAAAUAAUCCCUCAAUUUAAGAUUACGAUGAAACCUAUACAAUUCUACGUUAAAAUCAAAGGAACUCUGUAUGUGUUAACAAAGGACAAUCCCUUAGACAAAACAGCCAUCUCAGUCACGGUAGGGGUAUAAUUAGAAAGAUUAAAUGUAACUAGUUCCUUUUGCCUUUGGACCCCUUGGUGUUUACUUCUUUUAAGUCCCUGUCCACAGGGCCUCGACCUUUUUGUUCUUUGUAUUUGCUCCUGGUCACUGAUCCCCCAAAAAAAGAUUGAUCAGAGUGGGAUUGUGACUGAUCUGUGUCACUUGCUGAGGUCUGUCCCUCAGCUUCAGAAUAUGAUCGCUCACCCCUAGUCCUACGGGGCUUAUUACCACCUCUCCAUCCCUGUCUGAAAUCACCGCCCUGUAACCAACCAUACACCCUCAGUUCUUUAUAGUCAUCUUUUACACGUUUGUACUUAUUUUUCUUGAACGUUAGCAAUUCAGCAUGAAAAUCUAUAACACAUUUUUCUAAUUUGAACAACCAGUCAGUGUUUAUGUCUGCCUUCAAAACAUCUACACCAAUGCUCUCACAUGCACUCAUCUCCUUCUCCAGCACUUCCAAAUCUGCAUUUACUUGCUCAAUGAUUAGGAUCAUUAAUUGAAAUGAACAUUCGUUUAAAAUCUGGCACCAUUGCUUGCAAAAGGAGCUGUUUGCACGACCAAUUGUAGGCUGAUUUUGUAUCCUAAAUCCUCUAGGUAUAAUACGCUCCUUAUCUCCUUAUAAUAUUGUGAUAAUGUUAAACCAUGCAGGUUCAGCUCCACCUUACUCUUCAUUAACAUGAUUAUGUGCCAUGCACUCAUUGAAUCUGGAAUAUAAAAAGUUUC